UCCCUGAUGGCGAGUAGUAAUAAACUUUACAUCUCACAAACAGGCGGAAGUUGCAAAAAUCUUCGCAAGUGCAAAUAACAAUGACAGAUUGUCUAUGGAGCAGGAUCUGAUCUUGGUAAUCGAAAUUAAUCGAGGACCGUCCUCUACGUUGACGACUACCAGUGUGGAUGUAUACACCAAUCAAUGGGCCAUAUCAAGUAAAACAGAAAUUUGAAGCACCAGCUUAUGCAAAUUACCAGAUGGCUGGAGAGGAUGUCGUAGCAAUCAUCCAUAUGGAGGAGAGACGAUGAAAAAAACAUCUGAUUAAGACAAGUCAAUUAAGACGAAGGACCAUGAGAGAACAUAACGUAUCAACACUGCUGCAUCAAAAGAAUCUGUCAAAUCCCUCCAACUACCCGGAGUUGCACAGGGACAUUUUCUUUUGGCAGGUGCCUCAGCUAAUAUUGGUGACGUCACUUUUUCUGUUCAUCGUUAUCGGUAAUGGAUGCGUGCUGUUGGCGCUGCUAUAUUCUGAAAACGGCAGGAAAACGCGAAUGAAUUUCUUCAUUAUGCAUUUAGCAAUUUCAGAUCUUUUGGUUGGAAUGGUUUUGGUCAGUCAAGACAUUAAAGAAAAAGCGAUGAUAGACUUUGGUGGCGGAUCAUUUCUUUGUAAAUUUCUACAAUACAUAAAGGUAGUGAUAUUAUACGCUUCUACAUACGUUUUGGUUUCUCUAAGCAUUGACAGACUAGAUGCCGUAGCAAGACCCAUGAGGUUCUCCAGAAGGGAGUUCCGAGCCCGAGUCCUCAUUUCUGUGGCAUGGAUUCUUGCAUUUUUGUUCUCAUUGCCGACCUUGGUGUUGUUUGACGUCACAGAAAGGAAUGUCACCUACAAAGGGAAAAACGUCACUUUGUGUGAACCUAAUUUUAGUCAUAAAUAUCAGUCAAAGGUUUACGUGACUCUCAUUGCUCUGGCUGCAUUUAUAUUUCCCGCCAUAAUCAUUACUUUCUGCUAUUGUGUCAUUAUUUUCGUCAUCUGCCGGAGCGACAGUGAUGUUCAAAGAGACCAUAGUAACUGGACGUUCCAACGACAGGAGAGUUUACUAAGCAACGUAACGACGGGAUCUUGUCGCAGUAAUCCUUCUGUAGGUAGAAGCCAUAUCAUAGAACGAGCCAAGAUCAGAACAGUCAAGAUGACGUUCUUCAUCGUCUUAGCUUUCAUUUUAUGCUGGAGUCCCUAUUUUGGAUUUAUGCUCUUCCAUGUAUAUGAAAUGGGUAGUCCAGACUCUAACACGUUGAAGGCUUUAACAGCUUUCGUCCACAGUCUUGCGCCUCUCAACUCGGCAGUCAAUCCAAUUAUAUAUGGGGUUUUUAGCACUAGAAUAUGCCAAAAUUUAAGACGUGUUCCAUGCUUAAGACAUUUUGUGUGUUGUGGGCAACGUCCUAGACGCUUUGGAAGUAGAAUGUCAAAUACAUCAUUAGUAGAGGGAUAUUUUCUGAAUGACGUCUCUUCGCUGAGACGCCGACAAUUGUCUGGUUCGAAGUGGAAUUCCGAUCUCGAUCAUCGGAAAUUCUCCAAGAGAACCAGUAGGCCGUUACUUCACAGAGAAUCGUCAUCCCUCAUGUAUGGACAGCAAAAACCAGAAAGUCCAACUACUGAUGGGACAGAGAAUAUGUCGCCGUUUAAAGUAAGGAAAACCAAUGAUAAAGAUUUAAAUAAAAAAACCGGAAGGAGUGUUCCACUUUUACAAAGGGGACUAUCCGAAGAAGACAGCGAAAUACUUCGGUCUUAUACAUCACCUAAAGCAGAGGCUGGCAUCAAAUGAUAAAGCAGAAGAUUGGGACAAAUAGAUUUCUAUAUUUUGUACUGUGAAUUUUCAUUAAAGUUUCUAAUUUUAAUUGAAAAAAAAACAUAGAAAAAGUUACUCAUCAUAAUUGGUAUAGUAUAUCUGUUUCUUUCCUUGCAAAAGAAAUUCAACAGUUAAAAUGCACAGAUUUGUAGAAUAGAGGAGCAAUGGACGUGCAGUCAAGUCAAACUUUAUACUGCAGAUCUACUUUGUUUUUUACGAUCAAUGUCGAUGCUAAUUAUCCUUAGACUUGACUAGUUUAGGCACGACCUUACAACAACAAGUGGAGGGGGCCAACCAGCAUCUAAAGAAAACUUUACUAUAGCAAAAUACUAUACUCAGCAAAAAAGUGGGGGGAAGCUGCCCCCCCCCCCCCGCGUUCUACGGGCCUGACCAUUAUCAUCCUGCAUAUGGAGAUUAUGUGUCCCAGUUGAUUCAAUACGGAAGAGCAUGCUCGAUGUACGAACAAUUUCUGAAACGAGGCAAGCUAUUGACAUUAAGUUGGUGAUACAGGUCUCGUUCAAAGUCAACAUUUUGCAAAUGAUACAAUGACCCUGUUAGCCAAUACAGUCUAUCGUUUUAUUGAGUGUUGACUGACGUUUUUCAUACCAAUUGUUAGGCCAUUAUUGUCUACGGAUUUUUCCUUUUCACGAUCAUUGUCAUGUACCGAUUGACAGGGGAUGCUUACUCCUCCAUGGCAUUGAUCUAACCUUUGAUGAUUUUAGAGGUCCGUGUUUGCUCUGCUCCAAAGAAUUGACAUAAAGGUUAUUAAUAAGAUAAAAUGGGAGUUUUAUACACGCCUGUCAUUUUUUUUCUAUUGUUUGAUACUCCAAUUGUAAGAUGAGAGUAUCUUGUGAAUGUAGCAAAGCGCAGAUUUGUUAAUGAUUUUUUUUUCUAAAAUGACACUUUAUUUAUAAAGCUAUUGUAUAAACAGCAAGACUAGAAUGCAAUUUAACACUGAGUAAUGGUCAUUUAGCUGUUUGUAUUUUAAAUGUAAACCUUUAAGCAUUGUAAGUUACUCACCUCUGCAUCUCUAAUGGUUAAG